AUGGCAGAGAACAACAAAGAUUUAAAAUAACUUAAGAUCAAAACAGCAGCCCUCAAAAGAAUUCAAAAAGAGUUUUUCGGUUAUCAAAAGGAAGAAUUGAAAUAAAAUGAAAGAAUUCAAAAGCUUAAGAACUAAAAUGCUGAAGAAGCAGAUAUCAAAAAACAAGAAGAAGUUCUACAAGAAACAGUACAGAUGUACCCCAAUAUUAUUGGGAGACUUGUUGAAUCUGUGAAUGAACUCUAAGUUUGGCUAGAUGGAAAACUCAAUGACCCAUUGAUUGAUACAAGUGAAGAAAAGACAAAGGCAUUGGAGGCGAUAACUGAAGCUUAAGAUUUCUUGAAAGCCAACAAUCCAGCUCAAUGAUUAGUUUGCCUUUUGUUAUCAAUAUAUUUAUUAGAGAUUAUACU